AUGCCCAGGGUCUCCAAUAGGUAUAAAGUGGGAGUUAGGUUACGAUGUAUUUCUGAAGCAGGAUAUAUUGUUUCAGAGGUGACGGUGACGUACCGGCGCGGCCUGCCAGUGAUCACGGUGCCGCUGCCCUCGCGUCGUGAGCGAUGCCGCUUUACACUGCGGCCCGUUUCGCAGACCGUGGGAGACCUGUUAGAACAGGUGAAGGCCGAAGAUCGCGGCGUGGAGCGAGCGACGGCGUUGGCUUCAGACGAGCGCGUGCGCAUUGCCGCCAGCGACACCAUCGAGUCGCUACUCGAGACCGACUUCAGACUGAUCAUCAAUGACACCGAGUACUACGUCAAGUCGCCGGCGCAGGAACGGCUUAGCAAUGAGGAGAUUAUGCGCCUGAGCGACGUGCGAAACCUGGUGAACCAGUUGUAUGAGGCGCUCAACGUGCGCGAACAUCAGAUCCGCAAGGAGAGGGAGCUGCAUGCACAGCUGGAGAAACUCACCUUCGAGCUGCAACCACUGGAGGAAAAACGCCUGAGUCUCGAAGUGGAAACGACCAGACGGACCUCAGCGCUCACGUGGGUGGGUCUGGGCCUGAUGGGCGUGCAGUUCGGGGUUCUCGCGCGCCUCACUUGGUGGGAGUACUCGUGGGACAUCAUGGAGCCUGUCACGUACUUCGUCACGUACGGCACUGCAAUGGCCGCGUACGCGUACUUCGUUCUGACCAAGCAGGAAUAUAUAUUGCCCGACGUGAAAGACAGACAACAUUUGCUCACACUCCAUAAAAAGGCGAAAAAGAUCGGCCUCGAUAUUAACCACUACAAUCAUCUGAAAGAUGAGAUAAAUAAAUUAGAAAGAGACUUAGGUCGCCUCAGGGACCCGCUACAAAUACAUUUGCCGUCUUCGUACGUCAGAAAGAGCGAGGAGAACAAUCGUUCUCCCCUCACCAAGAUUAGAGAAAUGCUGGAAGAGACCGGCAAGAAGAUGAAGAUCACGUAAUAUUGGCUGUACGGCACGCGUCGCCGCGCGUAACGAGUGUUCGUUGAAAAUCUUCCGUGCUGUUGUUAUGUUGGCAACACUGAGACGUCAAACUUGUCUUUUUUUCUUAACGGCUUCGUGAUUUAGUUCGUUAAGCCUAUGAUUUUUGUUUUGUUUCUGAUGUAUUAUGAUUUCGGGGUCUAAAACAUAUUAAUUAUGUUUUACUUAAGAAUGAGAUAUUGUUUUUUGAUUAUAUUUUGUCUUAUGUGGUCUGUUUUACGCAUUCUCUUAAUUCUGAUUAGAUGACUGAUUUCCUAUUUUUGAUGAAGUUACUUUUGAGGUUUUAUGAAAGUCUUUGUAUCUUUAAAUUGAGAAAACAACUGUAUUCAGCUUGCAAUUUUGCUAUUUUAGACCCCUGUUAUGUUGUUCAAUGUGCAAGAUAACAAAUUUAACAACCAAAAUUAGUUGUAAGCGUCGAUUUCGUAUUUCGUACUAUGGCCUCAGUGUUGUCAGCAACAAAUUUAGUAACUGUACACAUUGUUAAAUAAAUGCUUGUUAAUAAAUGAGAAGCACUGUUCAACUAUUUCAACGUCACUAUUUUCGAAUAAUAGUUACAUGUGAAUUUAUUAUAUUCUGUUGUUUUUAGAAACAAUUAUUGUAAACAAAAAAAGAAAAACAUGGGAAGACCUAUUCAAACAGGGAAAAUAUAAUUUUGCCUUUAGGAAAUUUUUAGUAACGUGUAUAUUAUUAAUUUAGUAGAGUUUUUAAGUUCUGCUCACUUUCGUUUCCUAUGUAGUUUUUAGAUGAAACUCAGCGUUACUUAUUGCCUUAGAAGCAAAACAAAUCUCCUUAACUACUGUGCCAAUGUGAAUGUUGAUAAUGUUUGUCCCGUUUCUAAUACGAAACAUAAACAUUUCUGGGAUCAUAAUUUUCUUGUUACUAACCUUCGUAGAUUAUAAAAUAUGAAAUCUAGUCUUUAAAAUAAAUAAAUGGUAUAGUUCAAAGUGAUUAAAUACAAAUCGAAGCGGUAAGAAUACAUUUCCACUCAGAUUCUUCUUGAAUUACUACAAUCCCUGCGGACAAUGGGGUAGUACUCAAAGUUAAAAUUCUAUAUAAUAUACGUAUCAAAAACAGUAAAAAGAUAUAAUUUGAAAAAAGAACAUUGUUAUCUCUUUCGCUCUUAAGGCAUUGUUGGCGAUAACGUCAUUUUUUCAUAGUGCCGUCCUUCUUCCACAUUUGAUUGCUUUUUCACUCGCACUUGUGCCACUAAUGGUCAUUGUUUUAAAAUGUCGUCCCUCUUCUGUGAUUUGACAUUUGCUCAUCCUACCAGAUACAAAUUUAUAAAUCUGUACGAAAUAAAUUCGAAGUACACAACCCAAUUUCACAAAAUCCGAACUACUAUCCCGUCUGUCGCAAAAGCAAUUAAUGAAAUCAAAAGGUUAAAUUAAAUUAUUAAUUAGUUGGUAGAUUAAACCUUCAUUAAUAAUUUGUUCACAAUUUUUAAUAAAGACAAAACAUUGUAAGUAGUAAAAUUAUACUUUUUGUAGACAAACUUAUAGGUAGGUAUUUACUUAUUUUUACUGUAGUUUAUACAUCAACAAUAGUUGAAUAUCCAAUAUUUGUAGUAAAAUGGGAUAUGUAUGAAAAAGUGCAUGCACAAAUUUAUUUAUUUUUGUGCUGAUUUUAGUUAAAUUUUACAACCGUUUUUCUAGAAAGCUAUAAAGUAGAUAGACAGAUGUUAAGUUUUUAAAAAUUAAAUUCUUGACCUAGCGGUUAGUGAUCCUAACAGCGAAUCCUGUUAGCCCUAAGAAAAGGCAAAUGUUUUUGUGGUGAACACGUGCCUUUAUCUGUCAUGGAUGUUUAUUUAUGUUUUUAUUUUUAAUAUGUUUAUGCGUUAUAGCACCUAUAUUUAAAAAAAAACGUUCUUUCUCACUAGAUAAAUACAUUAGCUCGAUACUUGAUGGAUCUAGUGAAUUCUAGUGAGAACUUAUCUUCUCUAUAGAUCCUGAUUUCAAGCUCAGGUUGAUUGUUGUGUGUCCAGCUCUUAUUGAUCUAAUUAUGUCAUAUGUGCUUAUCAUUGAAACUGUGCACUGCACUCCUUUAGAACGAUAUCUCUGUAACUUUUUCAUACAUAUUCCAUAUUAACAUCACAAUAUCUUUUCGACCAAGCGGUUGACUUGCAGCAAUUUACCGACUCAUUUAUUUUGAACGGAUUAAUAUUUUUUAAUCUCUCUCCCAUUUUACAUAUUGUCCCAAGAAAUAUUGUGAGUCUAAGUAUACUUAGAUCUAUUAUCUCAAUAUAAUCUAAAUAAUUAAUUUUAGAUGCUCAUUUCUUAGAAAAUGUUUUGGCAAUUUGUGACAAUGGACAGAAAUAUUUUAUAAAAAUAUUUACUCUAGUAAGUGUUAUAUAAUGUUUUGGGUAGAGUAGUGCAAGAUAUUGUUUAGCUGAAGCACUCAAUGUUUUUUUGUGAAAAUUGUGCAAUUUAGUUUAUUUACUUACUUUCAAAGUUCUAUAUAAAUUAAGAAAAAAAAAAUAGCCAAAUCUAUUUCUGUAAAUCCACCUACCUUAAAUAACGUAAUUUAUCUCUAGUUAAUUUUACAUUUAAAUGUAGACUGAAUGAAUAUGCACAAAAAUACACUUUAAGAACUGGUGCUUUAACCGCGAAGAUUCAAAUCUUUGCUGCUUUUUUAUUAUAAUAUU